ACUCCAUCACCUCCGAGCAACCACCACUGCCACUGCCAUGGAAAUGUCUUACUACGGUCAUGUACGGCUUCUAACUCUAGGCCUCAUCCUCCUCUCCCUCUGUCUCCGCCUUGGUCACCGAAAACUCAACCUACCUCCAGGACCAUGGCCCAUCAUUGGCAACCUCAAUCUUAUCGGUCCACUUCCCCACCGAUCCAUCCACGCCCUCUCCCAAGAAUAUGGUCCAAUCAUGCAACUCCGCUUCGGCUCAUUCCUCGUCGUGCCUGAAUGUGACUUGCCUCUUGGUGCUGGAAAGAGGUACACGGAGGAGACGAAGAAGGAGAUUGUGACACCAUGUGAGUUCAAGAAGAUGUUGGGCGAACUUUUCCUACUGAAUGGGCUCGCUGACGAUCAAACUCUUAACGUUAAGAUUGAGAGACAUGGAGCAAAGGCCUUUGCUCAGGACCUCAUAGCGGGCGGAACAGGGAGUUCGUCGACCACUAUAGAAUGGGCGAUGGCUGAACUCCUGAAAAGGCUAGAAAUUUUCAAAAAGGAAACAGAACUCCACCCUGUUGCUCCUACGCUGGCCGCUCGCAUGGCCCGCGGGGACUGUCAAAUUGCAGGCUAUGACAUCCGGAAAGGCACUAGAAUAUUUGUGAUUGUGAGCGUAUGGACCACUGGGAGGGACCCUGCUUUGUGGGGAAACCCAGAAGAAUUUUGCCCCAGAGGGCGGAGGAUGUGCCCUGGCUAUGGUCUGGGGCUCAAGGUGAUUCAGUCAACUUUGGCUAAUGUUCUCCAUGGAUUUACCUGGAAAUUGCCUGGAAAUAUGAGGGAAGAAGAUUUGAAUAUGGAGGAGAUUUUUGGACUAACGACAACCCGAAAAAUCCCACUUCAGGUUGUUGUUGAGCCUCGGCUUCAACCUCAUAUGUACGCUCUGUAACUUUGGUUCUGUUUUAAAAUGUAUGUAAAAAUGACUGAUGUAUAACUACAUGUCUGAAUCUGAAGAUCGUGGUUUGUGUUUUGCAAUUAUGUUAGAUGUGUUAUGCCUGUUUUCUUAUUUUCUCUACCCAUUUGUCUUUCUUUCUAUGAAUUUAUUUGUGGAUGUGCGAAGACUUGAACCCAAGUUGGAAAUGAAUGAAUAGUAUGGUC